AGAAUGACCUGCGACCACGUUUGUUAUAAAACAUGCUAAAAUGUUGUUGUUAGCUAGUCGUUAGCCAGCAGCUGUCCAAAUAAACUUCCAUCGUAAUUUUAUCUUAAUUAGCUAGGAAACAAUUACAUGAGCCUACUCUUACCUACCAUGAAAAACGUUAGCUUCCCUACAGCAAUGCUGAAACUAAGUACCAUUAGCGAAACUAUCAACAAUGCUAGCAUUUUGAACUAGCUACAAUGCAAUUGUGUAACGUUUGGAUUUUAGUGUCUGCCAGUGUCAUUGAGAAUCACAGCUUGCCUGAAUUGGACCAUCCUCUGCUGUUUGACUGCUUCAGUUAGUGCGGUGGCUGCCACAGAAUGCUGUCUACUGUGAGGACAUUGUUGGCUAGAAUAACCAGUAGUGUGAGUUCAAGGUCUGUGAUUGGUUUGACACGACCUCUCUGCAGCCAUCGGACCUAUUCAACGGACCCUGCUGCUGUCAGGGUGCUAUAUGAUGGAGAAUGCCCCAUAUGUGUUAAAGAGAUCCAAUUCCUGCAGUUUCUGCAGAGAAACCGACCAGGGAAAGUAGACUUUGUGGACAUCUCCCUGCAAUGCUUCAAUGAAGAGAAGUAUGGGGGAAUCAGCUAUGAGAUGGCCAUGGACGAGAUGCACGUGAUUGAUGAGAAUAACAAGCGUCCAAAACGUCUUUCAAGCUGUCAGGCAUUCCUUGGCAGCAAGAGCCUCUCGGUGGAUGCUGCAGUGUACCCAAGUGGCGUCGGGAGCAACUGCUUGCACGUUCACCGUGGAGUUCCAGCCUUUACAGUCAUGUACAGUGCAGUUGGUUUAGGCUGGCUCGGCCGCUUCAUGUCAUGGCCUCUCGUUAGACCAGUCAUGGACAAAGCCUAUGCAAUCUUUGCUAAAAACCGCCUGAAAUGGACCGGACGGGAAGACUGUACUACAGGACGCUGUGUGAAGAAAGAACCUUGACCAGGGAGGUUAAAAACGACCAUUUUAAAAACUAACCCGUAAACAGAGGCGACAGCACCUCAUUACAUGUGUGGCACCUCUUUACAGUCAAUAUAAACUAUAUCAGGUGCACUUGGGCACUGAGUUCCACCACUGACUGAAACUUCGUAAUAUAGCUUGCACUCCUUUUGUAGGAACCCAUGCAGGAAAUGUACACUAUAUAAAUGCCCUUCUAGCUUCAUCUCUUUAUGCCAUACAGACAUUCUUUCCAUUUGAAAUCUUUAGGCGUAACAACAUAAAGCUACCACUAGAUGGCAUCCUUAUCUGAGACGAGGCUAUUGAAUAGGUCCCAGUACAUUGAAAUGUGUUGUUUGCAAGUCACCCAUGAAUAAAUCAUUUGCUAUGAUCAUCAA